AACGCAGUCUACAUUUCAGCCAUCAUUCUGCUGAUCCCGUCUCCCACCACACCACUCGCGAUUCAGUUCUCGUACUCCCCUCAUUAUUUCAACUACCAACACAAUGGGCAACCGCAUUUUCAAAAUGUUUGGCAAUCGCGAAGUCCGCAUGCUGCUCAUCGGCCUGGACGCAGCAGGCAAAACCACAGCAUUGUACCGUAUGAAGCUUGGCGAAGUCGUUACGACCAUCCCUACGAUUGGCUUCAACGUCGAGACCAUCGAGUACAAGAAUUUGAAAAUCACCACGUGGGACAUUGGCGGCCGAGGAGGCAUUCGCCCACUAUGGAGGCACUAUACAGCAAACACGGACGCUGUGAUUCUGAUGGUGGACAGCAAUGACCGCGAUCGCAUUUCUGAAGCUGCACACGAGCUGACGCGCAUGCUGGACCUGUUGGAAGAGCCACAGCAAGCAGAAAUUCCGAUUCUGGUCUUUGCCAACAAGCAGGACUUGCCCAACGCAAUGACAAUCGCGGAAAUCACAGAGCAACUCGACCUGUCCUCGAUUGCCGGGAAGCACCCGUGGUACAUCCAGCAGUCAUCGGCAACCCGGGGCGAAGGAUUGGAGGCUGGCUUUGAGUGGUUGAACACCAAGCUCGCCGCCAAAGAAGCCUCCAAAAUAGUCGCCGGAGCUACUCGCAAGAUGUCCGACAACGCAAAGUCUGCCACCAACAUUUUCACGUCGUCCUUGGAGUAUUGGAACAGCAAACUCGUCUCGCUGUGGUCGAGCAAGCCAGUCGCCAAGGCUAGCAACGACAUUCCCAUCGAGCGGGUCGGCGACUCGGCAGUUGCGGCCGAGUCAUGAGUUGAUGAGUUGAAGCGAGUGGCGUUCUUAUGGCUAUGUGGUAUGCUUGUGAUGGCUUUGUGGUAUGCUUGACUGCGCAAGGAAGGUUGCGUUUGUUAAAAACCAAUGUUUUUGUUAUUUUCGAA